AGCAUAUAAGGACCCAGUAGAUUCCCAUCGCGUAGGGUUACAUUGCAAAAUCUAUUGUAUUGACCGAUGUGAACGGCGGCCUCCGUCCCACGUGCAUGAGUAUCAGUCCACCACUACACUCAACAACAAUUCGCUUAGGAGGGUGGAAAAUUAAAUAGUCCCAUUUGUGCCAAUUGAAACAAUCUGUUCAGCAGUCUUAGUCUGCAUGAACUAAAAGGACUACCCGAUAUUAUUUUUUCCCGCAUCGCUUACCGAACCUGCAUCAACGCUGCAGCACCCACGUGCCCUCUCGCAGUGCAUUCUACAGGCCCCGCGCCACCCCAAGCCAAGCAAAAAGGUCCUGAAUCCCAAAAGCCCACAUGCGCUGUUACACUACAAAAUACAGGGGCCGGGAGAUGCGCUGAGGACGCCGAGACCACGGCUGAUGGACGAUGGGCUUGGCAGAUGCGGUAACACCGCUGAAGAGCCGGCCUAGACAACAAGGACGCUACGCAAAAGAACCGACCCAUGCAAGUCAGCCAGUUGCCAUGGAGGAGAGUACAAGUAGGCGUGGAUAUCCGGUUUUCUUUUCUUCCUCCGAGUCGCUUUUGGUUACCGGAUUCUCUUUGCUUCCCUUGUCCUUGUUGCCAUGAAGUCGACCUCCGUCUGCCGCCUACUCGGCGCCGCCCUCUCCGUCGCCGGCUCCGCCACGGCGCUCACCAUUGCCGAAAUCAACGGAAACAAGUACAAUUCGCCAUACGACGGCAAGACUGUCAAGAAUGUCACCGGUCUGGUCACGGCUACUUCGGAUAACGGCAUCUACUUGCGCUCGCUGACACCCGACUCGAACCCGGCUACAGGCGAGAGCUUGUACGUCUUCAACAGCGACAUUGUUAGUAGUGUCUCUGUCGGUGAUGUGAUCAACUUGGACGGAAAGGUCACCAAGUACCGAUCCAACAAGAACUACAUCUACCUCAACGAGUUCACCAACCCGGCCAACCUCGACGUGCUCUCUUCUGGCAACGAUGUGCGCCCUCUUGUCAUCGGUGUCGACACACUCUCUCCCCCGACCGAGCUCUUCUCUAGCCUCGACCAGGGCGGCAUCUUUGGCGUGCCCAACGCCGUCACCAAGAUCUCGGAGGCCAACCCUGCGCUAGACCCGACCAAGUACGGCCUCGACUUCUGGCAGUCGCUCCUUGGCGAACUCGUCACUGUCAAGGGCGCAUACCUGACUGCGCGCCCGAACAAGUUUGGUGAUGUCUGGGUCCGCGGCGACUACAAGGCUACCGGUGUCAAUGCCCAAGGCGGCAUCACCAUGCUCCAGGGCGAUGCGAACCCCGAGGCCAUCCUGAUUGGCAGCCCCCUCGACGGCUCCAAGAACCCUACCGACACCAAGAUGGGCGACUUUGUCGGCGAUGUUACUGGCGUCGUCUCCAACGCCUUUGGCUUCUACCGCAUCCUGCCCCUCACCAAGGUCGCUGUCCAGCGCAGCGCCUCUGCUGACUAUGGCACCGCUUCGUUCACCAGUGCUGGUGACUGCAGCGGUCUCACCAUUGGUGACUACAACGCGGAGAACCUGAUGCCCAACUCGGCCCAUAUGCCCAAGGUUAUCGACCAGAUUGUCCACAAGCUGCUCACCCCCGAUCUGAUCUUCCUCCAGGAAAUUCAGGACAACUCGGGCAGCGAAGACGACGGUACGAUCUCGGCCAAUGUCACCCUCAGCACGUUGACCAGGGGUAUCGAGUCCGCCUCUGGCGUCAAGUACGCUUUCGCCGAUGUCGAUCCCGAGGAUGGCAUGGAUGGUGGGCAGCCUGGCGGCAACAUCCGUUGCGCUUACCUCUACCGCACCGAUACCAUCCAGCUGUACAAGCCCAGGCAGGGCGGUAGCACCGACGCCAACGAUGUUAUCAAGACGGCUGAUGGCCCCGAACUGACCCUCAACCCUGGCCGUAUCGAUCCUUCCAACGAGGCCUUUGCCAACACCCGCAAGCCCCUCGCUGCCAUGUGGAAGACCAUCAAGGACGGCAGGGUCUUCUUCACCGUCAACGUUCACCAGACUAGCAAAGGCGGCUCGACCACUCUCCACGCCGAUGCCCGUCCUCCUCUGAACAAGGGUGUUGAGAAGCGCACCUCGCAGAACGAGGCUACUGCUAGCUUCAUUGCCAAGAUUAUUAACAUCGACUCCAACGCCCGCGUCAUCACUGCUGGUGAUUUCAACGAGUUUGCCCAGGUUCAGCCCAUGACCACGUUUGCCUCCAAGUCUGGCUUGACCGACCUUGACGAGGUUGCUAACAUCGAGCCCACUGAGCGCUACACCUACCAGUUCGAUAUGAACAGUGAGGCUCUGGACCACAUCUACGUCAGCGCUGGCGUUGGUCGCGAUGCGCGCUACCAGCACCUGCACCUCAACACCUGGCAGAACUUUGAGGGACAGACUAGCGAUCACGAUCCUAGUGUGGCCAAGCUGAAUGUCUGCGGACCUAAGAAGCGCCGUUGCCCGGAGAAGUUGAUGAAAGCGUAAAGUGACGAAAAUGUCAUGAGGGUGUUUCGGAAUUAAAAUAGUAUACAAAAAUGUUGCAAUAUAAGGGAAAUAUUCAUUCUUCUUCAUCGUCGUCGCUCUCACUCUCGUCCAGGCCCGGGUCCGGCAUUACAAUGCUGUUAAUAAACGUGACCUGAUAUUAGAGUUAGUAUGGCGAAUCGAUGCAGUGCGCUCUGUCGUGGGCUUACAUAUCCGGCCAAGCUGCGCAUGAUAUCAGCGAGCUUCUCCUGUGCAUCAUCCGCUGAGAGCAGACUCUCGUCGAUAUCCGUGCCAAUUGUAUAGUUUUUAAGCUUGAGGAGCUCGAUAUCUCGAUGUGUCGCCUCGUAUCCCUAGUCAAGUUAGUAAGUCGCCUGCAGACUACCAAGAUUGGGAGAUGUACCAUGGGCUUCUUCUUCAGCGCGUUGGCUUGGUUCUUAGCAACAAAGGCUUUGAUUAUACCCUCCACUCCUGCGCUCUUCUUAACAUUUGGGAAGCACGUUUGCUGGAGCAGAGGAUCGCUGAACGCCUCCCGCCAGCGCUCCGGGUGGCGGUCGAUGCUGCGGCGCAGCCUUUGCACAUAUUGUGCCUCAGGGUGCCAGAGCCCGCCGCCAAUAAAGGUGUUUCCAGGCUCGCAGUGGAUAUAAUAAAAUGCAUACGGACCCUUGCGACCCGUCCGCGACCAAGCAGCAGAGAAGUGUGCCUUGUAUGGUGUCGCGUCUUUGCUAAAUCGGAUGUCGCGGUAGAUGCGGAAUACCACGUCCUUUGCAGGCAAGUCGGGAAUCGUCUCGUCCACUUCGGUCAUGGUUAAUGUGGUUGCUGUAACAAAUGAUUCCCAGUCCUUCCAUGCUCGUCUAUAUUCUCCAUCGUGGGCUGUGCCGGGUUAGUGGAUGCGUUGAACAGUUUGUGGAUUCUGACUUUACCUUUUAGCCAAGUUCGUUUAUUAUUAGCCUUUAAGUCUUUGAGGAAGAGCAUCGUGUUUUUGUGUACUCUAGAAUCUUCAUAUUCAACACCACCCGUUCCUCUCAUCUGCUCAAGAGGUAUAACAGUAACUUUGGGAGGUUUCGACUCGUCGACGCUCUCCUCAUCAUCUUCGUCAUCGUCCUGGUCUUCUUCAUUCGCAGCGCCAUCAUCCUUGUCCUUGUAGGCAUCUUCAUCAUCAUCUUCCUCUUUUUGGACUCGCGGCUUUCGUGGAGUAGCUACUCGCGCCGUCUUUUGCGGUCGAGCGUCGAGCUCACUUUCAUCCUCGGAAUCCUCGAAGUAGACGCUCUUCUUGGACGAGGUGGACAGCCGACCAGAGCGACGUCUUGAGGAUGCACCGUCGGUAUCAGCAGCUCGCUUUUGAGCUGGCAUAUUCAAUUGAUUGGCUAAUUUUGUACAAAUUGGGUUCUAAAGUGCAC